AUAAUACAGUUUCACAAUUAUUUUGAAGUAAUAACUUAAAGCAAAAUACGCAGUGGCACAGUUUGUUUUUUUUACAAUUAGUUAGUACUAAAUUUGAAGAGAAUCUUGAACCCAGACAUUCCGAAGAUAAGUUAAAUUCUUUUUGUAAGUCCCUUUCGUCUAGGGGUUAGGACAUCGCUUUUUCAUGGCGCAGACACGGGUUCAAAUCCCGUAAGGGAUAGUUACUGCGCACCUGCGUACCUUUUCUUUUGAAGGCUCCGGCUAGGUUUCGAAGAACGGGUUUUCGUGAUGCGCACCUAAGGUGCGUUCUUCGAACCAGGACUUCCUUACGUAGCAAGUUUUUUAUGACCCGAGCUUGCGAAGCAAGCGUUCUGCGAACCUUUGGCCCCAAGUAACCCGUUCCUAAUGGAACCUUUAGGAAACGCCUUGGCCACUGAGUCGUUCGAAGAACGAAGCAAGUUAUGUUUCCGUAAGGAGCGCCCGCAAGGGCGGGCGCUUGCCUCGUCAGAGCGAGCAAGCUUUACUUGCGAUGGAGUCUAAAAUUUUAGAAUCGAAAGAUAGAAUGCUUGUUAAUGUAGUUAUUUUAAUUAAAAAAGGCUCGCCAGAGUUUAUUAAAUUUUUUAUUUAGUUUUGCUUGUCGGGGGCCUUCGGAGGUUGCCAUUAGGCAACUCUUUAACCUUGCUGCUACUCCUACGUAUCCUCUCUGCUCCUUAGAAGGGUCGCAUAAAUGCGACUUCUAGGUCGCGAAGCGUGCGAGCUUGCAAAGCAAGCGCCGGAUCUUUAGCAAAAACAGGCUUGCAAAGAGAACGAAGGCGCGUAGCGCUCGUUAGAGUAAAAAAACUAAAAAUCACAACUGAACAAGACACACGUAUGACUCCUACGAGUAUACCCGAUUAAUUCGUGGCUAUUCAUUCUAGUCCUAACCUUGUCUUUUUAAUUCAUGUAUGUUAUUACUGGAGUGAAGUAGAUUGUCAAAAUGUUCGCAUUUUCAUGUCCGGAUUAAAUAAAAGAGAAAAAUGUCCGUUCGCACGAAGGCUCGCAAGAGGCACCUUCAGGUGUGGCGCGAAAGACAAAAGCUUCGUCCAGUUGGCGCAAACUAACGGGGCAAGGUCUCCAUGGUGCGUUCCGCAAGGUUCGUAGAACGCUUGCCAUCGAAAUGCGCUCAUGAUAGCGGGUAGGCGAAAGCUUGCAAAGCAAGCGCAUAAUAAUGCGGGUGCUGCGCACGCUUCCGCGUAGACACCGGGCGCCGCACAUCAUGUCGCUUGCUCGCUCUUAGAAACCUAAUCGCUUGCUCCGCAACGUUAGCGUGCGCGCCUUAAAAAAAAAGAAAGUUUGUAUGGUUUUUAGCCCAUUAGAGCAGUUUGCUAUUAUUUCAUUGAUUCCUUUUCAUAUAGGUAAUUUUUAUCUUUCAUUUACAAAUUCUUCUUUAUUCAUGCUAUUGACAGUGACUUUUGUUUUACUUUUAUUUUACCUUGUAACUUUAAAUGGAGGCACUCUUGUGCCGAAUGCUUGGCAAUCUUUUCUUGAAAUUCUUUAUGAUUUUGUACUUAAUUUAGUGAACGAACAAAUAAGUGGUCCUUCUUCAGUAAAGCAACGCUUUUUCCCUUUAAUAUUUGCAACAUUUAGCUUUCUAUUGUUUUGUAAUCUUAUAGGUAUGAUUCCUUAUAGUUUUACAGUUACAAGUCAUUUUAUUAUAACUUUAGGAUUAUCCUUUUCUUUAUUUAUAGGUGUAACUAUAGUUGGAUUUCAAACACACGGACUUCAUUUUUUUAGUUUCUUGUUACCUCAAGGAGUACCUUUAGCUUUAGCUCCCUUUUUAGUUCUUUUGGAAUUAAUUUCUUAUUGCUUCCGUGCAUUAAGCUUAGGUAUUCGUUUGUUUGCUAAUAUGAUGGCAGGUCAUAGUUUAGUUAAGAUUUUAAGUGGAUUUGCAUGGACUAUGCUUUCUAUGGGAGGUAUUAUGUAUUUAGCGCAUCUAGCACCUUUUUUAAUAGUUUUCGCUUUAACUGGAUUGGAACUUGGGGUAGCCAUCUUACAAGCUUACGUUUUUACUAUUUUAAUUUGUAUUUAUUUAAAUGAUGCUAUAAAUCUUCACUAGUUCAAGUAAAUAGACAUCAAAGUGCUUUUCUACGCACCUUUGGAACCGGUCUUUGUUCUAUGCUGCUUCCGAAGGGUCGUUAGAGUGCUAACACUCUGGCGAGCCUUUAGGUUCUGUUAGCAAGGCGCUUGCUCCUUUGCGCCCUCUUGCACCUAAAGGCUCGCCAUAAAGGGGAAACUUUCUCUUCGAGAACCUUUGGCCCAAGGUCGCAAAGGAGCAAGCGCCCCUUUGCGGGGGGUAGGCGCGGAUAAAGACCUAAAGCCCCUCUCUAAGUUGAGGUACAUAGACGAGCCUCUAGCGAGCCUUGCGCUCUUCGAACCUUAGUGGACUUUUGGGAAAGCGCAAGCGCUAAGUUUGCCCCGUUUAGCAGCGCUUACUUUGCAAAAAAGACAAGCGUGGUUCGCUAGAACAAGCACAAGCGAAGCACCCCCCGCUAGGUUCCGUAAGGCUCGUUAGAACAAAGCUUACUUUGCAAGCGAAAGAAAAGGUUCGUUAGAACAUCCGCGCCAAGGCGCCGAGCCUGUCAUGGUUGUGCACAAAGCUCGCGAAACAAAAUUGCAAGCUUUGCUUUCGUAGGUUUCCGUAAGGUUCGUUAGAACAAAGCUUACGGUCUUCGAACCUGACGGAGCCCGUAAGCUGGGGAAUGCCACGAGCUUGCAAAGCAAGUCCUUCGAACCUUGCCUUUAGCAUCGGCAUAAGCAGCAUCGUAAGAACCACAACGUUAGUUCGCUUUUUUCAUGGUUGCGCAACCCCGCUUUGCUUGCUCAUUCUGACGAACCUGACGGAAACCAUCUUCGAAAACAAGCUUGCAAAGCAAGCUUUGCAACUCUUAACUUCAGUUGCUUGCUUUAGUUUGCGGAUUUUAUAUCCCAAGCAAAAGUUGCUUGGGACGGACUACAUAAAAGAAAAUUUAA